AUACAAACACAAACAGAAUAAUUCUGAUUCUCCAAUGGUUCAACAUGAUUUCAGACUCAAUUUUUUUUUAAGGCUUUCUGCAUCUCUUCGAGAACCAGUUAACUCCAGUAUUAUCUGACUGGAUUCCAGGUAACGAAACUGACUCCAAAUCCAGUUCUACAACGUACCGGUAUGGGUUAGACGCAAUCAAGACAUGGCUAAUCGACUCAUGUCCCUUCCAGUGUUUCUCCACUCCGACGGAAACAUACACACCGUGAAGAUUCUUCAAACCGUCUUUUCCUCCAACAUCUCCGGCCAACUACAUUGAGGCUUAUUUAUCAAACGACUUGGAGUGAAACAUUAAGAGGGAUUCAUACCUGAGGAGGGAGGAGUCGGGACUGAGCAGUUGGCUUGAUAAGAACAAACUAAACGAAUGAAGGCUUUUAGAAGUGAUGACGUAUUAAGAGGUAGAUUGAUUUAGAAAUUGUGAGGAUGAUGCUAAGGGGAUGGAGCCAUACCUUUUUAUAGGUGACAAUCACGUGGUUGACGAUUAAACCACAAUCGCCGUUACAGAAUCUCGACAGUCUCUUCCUAGAUCGACGACGAACGAAGAACACGGAGGGGAGCAGUUGAUAGGGCUUCCGCAGAAGACUGUCUCGAUGGGCCGCAGCGCGUAACGAAGCCCAACAGCGAAGUUUAGUGAAACGGUGCGGAUCCUAUGUGUCUUCACUACAGGGAUCCUAUUUCCAAGCUGGCAUCCUAGCUGGCAUCAUCAGGAGAGAUUAAACUCUUCUUUAUAUAUAAAGAUAUGUUUACACAACACACAUACAGCAAGCGAGGCGGUUCUCAAACUCUUCAAGCCUUUGUCCUGACCACAAGAACAUGAUUUUUCUAGCUAGUUUGUACUAGUUUCUUACUAUGACAAAAUCUAUUGUGUUUUUUUUCUUCCUGAGAUUCUUCUCUAUGAACAACCUUAAGGUAAGAUUUGUCCGUCUACCAAUUUUGUGUUAUUUGAAUGAUAACAAUUAUAAAAUUAUUAGUUCAUUAUAUAUAGUUUCUUCAUAGUUGAAUUAUCUUUUCUAAGCUAUAAAUUAUAAUUAAAUACUUAAACUAUCCAUUUUUUUUUCUUAAACUGUGGUAAAAUAGUAAAUUGAUCAGAGAAAUUGAUGCGAUUUGGAGGAUGUGAAAAUAAUUUAUCUUGCACGUUUAAUUUAGUCAUAGAAAGACAAAAGUGACACGUUUAUGUAUUUUUUGCAACUUCUUUGUUCAUUUUAGUAUAUAGCUGGUAAUUCAUCAGUGUGCAUGAAUUUAAAUCAAAAUUCUAUCCAAGGCUUUCCUUUAAUUACAGUACCUUAGCACUUUAUUAUAUUUAUGCUUUCCUGAUUUAUAAUUGCCAAACUUUAAAUUAGUUUCAAGUAACCAAUGAAAGAGACGUGACAGCGAUUUGUGAACCCAUAAAAGGUCUCUUGUUCUUUUUUUGGGAUCAAAAAGGUCUCUUGUUUUAGUGCACAAAAAGAGAAAGCACGAGAAGUCGAGAAGUAUCCCCUUGCAAUGUCCAUGUCGCUGGUUCUGUAGUUAGUCUCAUUCUUUCUCCAAUUCAGUUACACUACAAUAUUUCAUCAAGUAAAUUGUGUUAAAUCGUUCACAUUAGUCUCAUUAUUUCUCCAAUUCAGUUAUACUACAAUAUUUCAUCAAGUAAACUGUGUUAAAUCAUUCACAUUAGUUUGCACCUUUUCAACCUAUGAAAAAGACGUGACAACGACUUGUGUACCAAGAAAGGUUUCUUGUUUUAGUCCACAAAAAGAGAGCACAGAGGACCAAGUUUUCUCCCCUAGCAGUGUCGUUGUCGUUGUUUUCUGUAGUUAGUCUUAUUCUUUCUGCACUUGAGUUGCAUUGCAAUAUUGUAUCAAGUAAUUGUGUUAAUAUCAUUUACAUCAGAGAAAUUAUUCCAUUGCUAACUUAACUCUAUGACCCGAUGUUAUUUUGCAUUUGACAAAACAACAUUUUACCGACUGUAAUUAACCCCACCUCUUAAGAGCACCAUUAACCCCACCUCUUAAGUGGGUUCUUAGGAGGUGGGUCCCACAACUUUAUUAAAAACCACCUUUUCCUUCUCUUCUGCAAGAGGCAAGUUUGGUGGGUUCUUAUGGUAUUUGCGGGCCCCACUGACACGUGGUGGCCUGCAAUUGGUUAUUAAAAAAAAAAAAGUUAAGAACUCCAAAUGAAGGUUUUAGGGUUAAUGGUGCUCUUAGCAUUCAAAAGAGCUUUUAUUUUUCAACCCAAAUCUAGUUUUUAAUAGUAACUACGAAGAAAUAAUGAAUUCAAUUAGGUAAUUUCUCAACCCGCUAAAUAAAUAUUCUAAUAACAGCUAAUGUAAUAAUUUGUUUCUAUGGUUUUGUUAUCUUGAUUUGAAUAAAUGAAAAUUUAGUUGGAAGAAAAAAACAAACAAAUAUUAGAGUGUAUUAUUCAAGCUUUUCAAGCAAACAUGUCAAUUCUACACGGUGGUAAUUCGUAGUUAAAUAGUAGUAUUAGAUAUAUACUUAUAGUUGUCAGAAAAAAAUUGUACUAGAUAUAUUUUAGCUUUUGAAGAUAAUAUAAUUAGUGGUGUAAAAAAAUAUAAUAAUUAGUGUAAUAUUGCAAUUAUUAGCACUAUAAAUUUGGACAAGACUCAAGUAUCAGUUUCAUACACAACAGAAGACUUUAUAAUCCAAAAGACAACAGAUAUGCCUGAAUCAACUCAAGACAACAUAAACAAUCCAGACGUCUCCAGCGUCCCCACCAGAUUCCCCUACGUCCCAGCCACACCUGAACCUUCCCCGCAAAACCCCGUCGUAUCCAAAGACAUUACCGUGAACCGCUCAAAGUCAACAUGGAUGCGUCUCUACGUUCCCACCGCCGCACUAAACGGCGGCGUUUCGUCUGAAAAACUCCCUCUCGUUGUCUAUUACCACGGCGGAGGAUUCGCCACCGGCAGCGUCGACUUCUAUCCCCACCACGACUUCUGCAACCUUAUGGCGCGCGAGCUCAACGCAGUCUUCGCUUCUCCUUCGUACCGGCUAGCUCCCGUGAACAGACUCCCGGCGGCGUACGACGACGGAGUGGAUGCACCAGCCGUCUUCGCCGAUCUAAGUCCAUUACGUAUCCGUGGUAUGAUCUUACACCAGCCGUUCUUCGGCGGCGAAGAGCGUUGCGAGUCUGAAACCAAUGUGAACUUUCCGCAUAUACUCAGCGACGCCUGCUGGCACUUUUGUCUCCCUGUCGGAGCGAACCGGGAUCACGAGUAUUCGAAUCCGACGGUGGGAGAUGGACCGAAGCAAAUGGAGAAAAUCGGACGGUUGGGACGGAACUGGAAGGUGGUGGUGAUUGGACGAGAAAGACAUCGUCUGAUAGAUAGGCACAGAGAUGUGGCGAAGUUGAUGAAGGACCAGGGAGUGGAUGUGACUGAGCAUUUUACCGACGGCGAUGUUCACGGUGCUGAGCUCGUUAACCAGGGUGAAACUACGCUUGCUUGCAUCAGAAGUAUCAUUUACUCUUCCUCACCGUAAAGGUUUUUUCUAAAUUUAAAGAUUUACCUUUAUGUAUAGGUUUGUGGAAAAUUUUAUGAUUAAGAAAAAUAUUGGAGACCCAAGAGGCUCUCUGUCUCUUUUGUUAGACAUCUCUUGUUUUAUCUUCUGGAACUUGGCAUUCUAUUCACCAUUGUUAUGGAAGGCCUGUUUAGUGGUGGUUUAUUUAUGGAUUUACUCAGUUAAUCAUCCAAGUUUUAGAGAAAGCAAAUUAUUCAGCAUAAUUAAAAUACAGUAUUGUUAAGCAUGAAUUUCACAAAACGGUUUAGAGUAGUGCAGUUAUACUUAAAUCAUCAUAAGAAAUGUAAAAUUCUCAUUUGUAAUUGUAAUGUUUCUUAUCAUUUAUAAUAACAUGAGAGUACUCCAA